AUGAGAGCCUUAGCCUCGAGUGGGCCUUUGGCUUGCACAAGGAUUUUAGGUCCGUUAUUCAUAAUCUCAGCUCCUCUCCCACGGAGCGGGUGGUGUUCUACACCAUUGGGCACUAUUGGUAUCAUCUACGAUGCGGUGCUUAACACUCAGCGUCACCUGAUGGGGCACCGUCACACGAUUGUUGCCUCCGCAUGCAGUCGUAGCCGACGCUUCAUUGUGACAGCGGACAACGGCUCCAGUGAAGCGAAUAAAUCCCCCUGGGGCGAGGCGUUUUUGGUUAACGGCAGCCAGAAGCAUCCGGGGAUGACGAGCACUGGUGUGGAGCGGCAUGACCAGCAGGGCGAGAAUAACGCUGAGUAUGACAGCUCGCUGAUGAUCAUCUGGGAUGCGCAGACGGGUAUUCCGGUGCGUACAAUAUUGACAGGCCUUUACGGUGGGGUUAUGGCAUGUGCUAUGAGUCUGGAUGGCAUGUACAUAGCAACACUGAAUCACCGCAUCCCGCAGGAGAUUAUGCUCUGGGGAUGGACCUCAGAGACGGAGAUUGAUGACGGCCGUGGUGUCACCGACACCCUCAUCGGCGAACUCGCGCUGGUCAGCAACACUGUGCCGGAGUACUGCCGCUUGAUUCCAGCCCAAGACAAGCAAACUUCCAUUCGCUUCUCCGAAGAUGAUCCACACCUUGUGGUGACGAAUGGGCUGCGUCGUGUGCUCUUCUGGUCCUGGGCGGAGCGCGAGCUAAAGUACUAUUCCCCACCUAUUUUGGCAAAGAACCUGAAAGUGUCCGUUGGCAACUUUACGCAAACGAUGUUUGUUCCUGGCACCAGCAUGGCCUGUAGCGGGACGGUCGAUGGAGAUGUGAUUCUGUGGGAGGUGCAGCCACGUGAUCGGGUCACGAAGGAGCAGGACAAGACGAUGCUAAAGAUGGUGCGGAUUCAUUCCUCUGGGGUCUCGUUUCUGACGUGGUCAAGUGGCUACAUUGUCUCUGGAGGCAUGGACGGGCAUGUUAAGUUCCUCGAUCCGAAACUGCGUCUGGUGGCGUGGUUUGAGGACCUUAACGGUGGAGCAGUGACAUCUAUCAGUUUUGACCGCCCCCCCAUAGUUGCCCCACUAGUGAUGGAUGAGUUGCGCAGAGAGUUCAAGGCAUCCACACAGAAAAAGGCUGCACUUGGCAGAACACUUGCAGUGGAGGAAUUCUCGGCACCCAAUUUUAUGAUCUCCACUGCCCAUGCUAUGAUCGUUGACGUGGCGAGUAAGGCGUUCCAUGGCGGGAAUCCAGAGCUGCUUCGUGGCAAGCUUAUUGUGCAGGGGCAGGAAAAGGGCAUUCAGUGCCUUGCAGCUCAUCCGAAGCUUGCACGGAUUGCCGUGGCAGGGCAUAGCGGCCAUGUGCAUGUAUGGGACUACGUUGCAAAACAGGUGUUGGUCCUCAGUAUUUUUCACGGCAUACAAAUUAGUUGCAUGGCGUAUGACCCAAAGGGAGAGUACCUUGUCCUUGGCUGUUGCAAUGGCAUUGUGAAGUUUCUCAAUGCCAAUACAUUGGAGGAGAAGAAGACGAUUAGGCCCAAGCGGUGUGACUGUGUCACACGUAUGCUCUUCUCAGACGAUGGUGAUCGUCUCGCCACAGGGGACGCCAGCGGGUGUGUGAGUCUGUACGAAUUCAAUCACCCUCAGGGCAACAUGACGAAGCCCAUGGAGUGGGAUAUCGUGGGUCGUCACAAGACGCAUAGGGGGGCCAUUUCUGGGCUUCAGUUCGGUGACGACUUCGGCUUGCCACGCCUUCUCUCUGUUGGGGAGGACAAACGGCUUGUAGAGUAUGAUUUAAUGAACUCCGAGCCGGAGUCAGGCUUGCUUGUGCGGACGGCACACAAGAUUACACAGGGCGCCUCCCCCACCGGAUUUCUGUGGGUGCAAGAAAGUGGUGUUACGAAAGACAUGAAACGCCGCAGGCAGGGUGAUGAAGCCGACAUCGACGAUUUCCUGCUUGUGUCAACCAACGACUACAAAAUCACAGUGUUUUUAAGCGAUUGGAGCCGUCAGUGCAUCAAGUCUGUGCUGGCACCAACGUUUGGAGGUCCUGUAGCGGAGAUGUUUACGGUGCCCUCGCUUCCAGGGAGUGAGCAAACGUGUUUGUUCUAUGCCACUCGGGAGAAGGUGAUUGGCCUGAUACGACUGCCGCUGCUCGGUGACCCAUGCAUGUCGACGGGGUUUGUGGCGCACCCAGGCACGAUCACAAGCGUGGCAAGGUCGUACGACGGUGCUUUCGUCUUUACCGCUGGCGGCGAUGACCAGUCCGUGAUGCAGUGGCGCGUGAAUGGGGAGAAGAUUGUGCCCCAUGCUGACACCGCACUGGCGGAGACCGCCUCCACUGAAAAUGGGGACGAGGUCCCAUUGGAUCACCUUAUAGCCGCCGUCGAGGGCGGACGUGAGGGACAAUUUAUGCGUGAAAUUGUGGACUACUUUUACUACGCUCAGAUUCGACUUCAGGGGGAGGAGACAACCGCAAAGCGUGAGUUGCUAGGGGCGGUUCCCUUCUCGCAGCUUCCGAACCUUUUCCGCGCUCUCGGGUACUACCCGUCGGAGCUAGAGAUUGGUCGCCUGACGUACGAGGUGGCAAACAUUUACGGUCCAGAGGAUGAACCAGUGGAGGAGUGUGACGUGGGUUGCAUUCCGCUAAAGUUCUCGCAGUUUAUGCGCCUGUACGUGAAUUACCGACCCGUUUACGGCAUCGCACGCCAAGAUAUUGAGGCCGCCUUCCUGGCACUCGGGGCGGACGCGGUCACUGGCCAAAUCACAAGGGAUGUUCUCUUUAAGCUGCUGAGCACGCAUGGUGAGCCUUUGCAGCAGGAGGAGAUUUCGGCGGGGCUACGAUCACUGCUUGGCGAAGGGGUGCGCCUUGAAAUGCUUGAGGACACCAUCACGGCCCGCGCCUUUGCGGAGAAUCUGCUUGGAUUUGAGGAUUACGACACCUUGGGCACGGAAGAGAAUGCGGUGGAAGUGCAGGACAAUAACGAGGAGGAAACGUUAGUGGGUGACUAA